GAUUUGCCGUGAUUGACAAUGGGUCCGUUCAAAAUUAGCAAUGGGCCAGUUUAGCCUGGUUCCGAUGGUCAACGGGGUCUGUCCAGCAGGAACGAGGGUCCAUCCACUCUGGAAAAAUCUUUGUCAGAGAGAACUUUUGAUCCAUCUAACGCACAGAAUCCAAGGCAAGUGCCCACCAGGGACGGUAUCAUACGCGAAACGUAAAGGAACAUGUCUAAUCAAAAGCAUGGAGAUGUUCGAAAAAUCAGCUGUUAUUACCAUGAGAACCACCGACAUGAUUAGAGGAAGGUGUCCUACCGGCACGACCAAGUUCAAACACAGGAAAAGAACUUGCAUUAUAAAAAACUAUGCGGCAAUGUUGAGAAAUGCUGAAAAAUUGGUUUAUAAAGUCAACAAUAAGUGUCCUAAGGGCUAUCUAGAAUACAAGUUUAUGAGAAGUCUUUGUAUGCUAAAACACAGAUUUAGCAUGAUACACGCCAAAGCCAGGCGAUAGGUAACAGACAGAAAAUGAUGUCCGUCUUGGUACCAAAAGAAAAAAAUCGGGGAAAAUCUCCGUUGCUAGAGCAAGGCACAGAGACAAAAUGGAACCCACUUGAAGAGUGUCAUUGUAUAUUUUUUAUUUUAACGAUAAAUGAAAAUAAAAGGUAUUGUGAAACAAU